AUGAGUCCGAUUCCACGAGAACUGGCGCCCGUCUUCCUCGCGAAGCGUCGUGUCGGACGCCCUACCAAUCCCGAUGGCCUCGUUCUCGAAGCAUGGUCCCAGGGCUACAUGGUGGGAUCGCUCAUCAUAAUGGCUUGCAUCACCAUUGCGAACAUGCGGAAGGGCGUGAUACUGCAUAAGCUCGUCCUAGGUAUCUGGCAAGGCUUCUGGAUAUUCUUCCACGACCCAAUUGCCGGUUGGUGGCUCUCCUGCGGCGCCAUAUUUCUCAACGCCUCCUGGGUACUACACAACGUAAUUGCUUGGAUGAAAAUAAAGCCCUUUCUAUCAAGGCCUGCCAGCAUUCUCUUCAUCACCACCAUCAUCCUUUCCAUACCCUACUGGGUUCUCGAAAUUUACGCCAAUUUCGCAUACUUCCAUAACAUCAAUACCCUGUUCCUUAAGACGAGACCAUGGGAGGCUCUGUGUCGCGACCCCUGGUGGAUAUUGACGACGAUUGUCCUCUUCUACAACAUCAAAGUCCGAUACGAGCUUAGGAUUGCCGACAUUAUUCGCAUAUCUCCUCGAUUUGGCGUCAUGAUGGGUGCAAUGGUUGUCAGCAUAGCAUUCAUCAUCAUCGACGUCUGCUCCGUCACCGACGCUCUCAAGUCCUCGCUUCCUGUUGGAAUAAAUCCAUUCUGGAAAUUGGCUUUCGUCUUUAAGUGCCUUACUGAUUCCGUGGUCCUGGACGACUUCAAAACUGCUCUGGACAGGCUAAGAGCCUUCAAAAUCAGUCGCAUGGGUAGCUUCUCCGUGGACACCAGCGAUCGGCGCACAAGAGGAGAUGGCCAAUUGGAACAUGCAUGGGAACAACAAGCAAGUCGUCCGGGCGGGAUCCUACACGUGCCAAGUCCAGAUGGCGAUUACCUCCAACAUGAUCAGUUUCCUGGACUCAAAGAUGGAAUAAAGCAUGUGGAGGCCGUGCCGCAUGCGCCCGAGCCAGCGCACAUGGAGUCUGCAGGAAACAAUGACCCAUAUCUGCCCUCGAGAACGCGCCGCGAUAGUUGGGUCCAACUACACGAUAUCGGCCAUCUGACGGAAGAAAGUGAUUAUGCACGCGUUGUGAAGGAGAUGUCGACCGAUUCCAACGCAGUACCUCCCACCCAGAAGAAUUUCUCCAGGCCUUCUCCUUAG